AUGCAGUUCAGUUGGAGUUUUUUCUUAUUUGUUCUUCUCCAGGCCAUUUUUGCCCUGAGCAGCCAAAGUUCAAAAACGCUAGUUCUUUACGAUCAAUCUGUAGAGCCAUUGGAGGAUUACACAGUUUACUUAAGGGACCUAGAAGAAAGAGAUUACGAACUGGAAUAUUUGGACAUCAAUAGUACUUCCACUGCCGUAGAUUUGUAUGAUAAAGAACAAAGAUUAUAUGAUAAUAUUAUCAUUUUACCCACCAAGGGAGGCAAGAAUUUAGCUAGACAUGUUCCUAUUAAGCAGUUGAUUAGAUUUUUUGAAAACGAAGGCAAUGUACUAUGCAUGACUUCUCCGGGUGCUGUUCCAAACACGAUUCGUUUAUUUUUAAAUGAACUGGGCAUAUAUCCAAGUCCAAAAGGACACGUUGUUCACGACUAUUUCUCGUCUUCUCCAGAUGAGCUAGUCGUUUCUUCAGAUCACCUUUUGAACGGGCAUGUUUACAAUGGCAAAAAGGGAGAACAGUUUGUUUUAGGAGAAAGCUCAGCUGCUUUAUUAGAAAACCGGGAACAAAUCGUGCCAAUUUUAAACGCUCCAAGGACAUCCUUUACCGAUUUUAAAGGUAAAGGUAACUCUUGGACAAGCGGAACUCAGGGUUUCCUUGUCGUUGGUUUUCAAAACUUAAACAAUGCUCGUUUGGUGUGGAUCGGGAGUAACGAUUUCUUGAAGAACAAAAAUCAAGAUGCUAAUCAAGAAUUCGCAAAAGAAUUACUAAAAUGGACAUUCAAAGAAAAAUCUGUAGUUAAAAGUGUACACGCAGUUCAUUCGCAUGUAGAUGGUACUGAUUAUGAUGAAGUGCCUUACAAAGUUAAGGAUAAAGUCGUAUAUUCUGUCGGCUUUUCAGAGUGGAAUGGCGAGAAAUGGGUACCACAUAUCACCGAUGAUCUUCAAUUUGAGUUGAGACAAGUGGAUCCAUACUAUCGUUUAACCUUGAAACCAAGCGGAAAUGACUCGGAAACGCAGUACUAUACCACCGGUGAAUUUAUACUUCCAGACCGCCACGGUGUGUUUACUUUCCUCACUGAUUAUCGCAAGAUUGGCCUUUCGUCUACUACUGAUAAAGAUGUUAAAGCUAUCCGUCAUCUUGCUAAUGAUGAAUACCCAAGAAGUUGGGAAAUCAGCAAUUCUUGGGUUUAUCUUAGCGCUGUUUGUGGUGUUAUUGUCGCCUGGAUAUUUUUUGUUGUUUCUUUCGUUACAACCUCCUCUGUUGGCAGGAAACUUGAAACAUUCAAAAAGACCAACUAG